AUGGCCCUUCACCAGCUGCACCACCGCCGCGAGUUCAGUGACAUGCGAAAUGCCUACGGCAGCGACGGAUCAUUCCAUUCCGACCGGGACAGCGACCGCUCAUACCAACGAUCUCAGUCAAGUAGUGACAAGUCCUAUUCCACACAACCAACCAUCUAUUCGACAGCUUCCUCCAAACGACCUCCACGAGUUCACUACAACACAUGCGAUCAUGAAUACGAGUCCCCACCCCGAUACUUUGCCGACAGACCACCGCAACAGAGUCCAAGGGCAUCGGUAGAGACGUAUGCAUCGACCGUACCCAGUGAGGAGGACCUCCCACAAGAGUUGCCUGAGUAUGAGGUUCCAGAAUACACUGCUCGGCCCUACGAGUCACAUGCCAUUCCUGCGACGCCUUCAGAUUUCUCUGAACUGUUCCCAUCGCAUCGUAGAUUGUCAAUACGGCACGAUGACUCGACACUGGAUGGCAACAUGAACCUUCGCGUCGAUACCGAAGUGACUAUGCACGGAGGUCGCCGGUGUGACAUGACUCUCUUCCACCUCAGAAUGCACGAUUUGAAGGACAGAGAGUUCUCGCUUCGACGGUAUUGCAGAGAUUCUGGUCGCGAGGUCUGUCAUUCAGCCCGAAAGCCACAAAAACAGUCAGAACCGAAGAGACCUGGGUUUCAACGGUCUCUGAGCAACGCGUUGAGCAGUAUGCGGAGCAAAUCCGAGCACAAGACCCCAACAUUGGCGGCACUCAAGCGAAACGAUUCAGGCUAUGCUUCAGCACACUCGUCCAUCGACUUUGACCGUGAUGACCGUCCAAACACGCAUCACGGUGCUCCAAAACCUGAGCAGCCCAUCGAUCCAAACUCGGUAAAGCUUGAGUUCUCAAACUAUGCCCAGGUAGAUCUGAGGCGAACGGGAACGAAGGGUAGCAAAAGGUACGACUUUGAGUACUGGGGGACUCACUACUCUUGGAAGAGGGUUGUGCGCAAGGACAGUCAGACCAAGGAUGUGUCGUACCACCUUGUGAAGACUGGCCACGAACGAGUGCUCGCUUACAUCAUGCCUUCGCCACUCACGCUUUCGCAGGCAGAGGAGGAGCAGAACAAAGGCGGAUGGGUUCCACCGUGUUCGAUGUGGGUUGCAGAUGAGAGCAUUGUUCGUGGCCAGAAAGAUGUCGCUGACGUCGUUAUUGCAACCGGUCUGAUGGCGCUCGUGGACGACGCAAUCAAGACACGCUUCCACUCGCAAGACUCCAAAUCCAUGCUGAUUCCAAAGCUGGGAGUGGAGUACGUCGGACCCAAGCGACUCAUCAACGAAAUGUUCAAGCGUGAGGGAAGCGGUCAGCACAGUCGGCAGUCAUCAAGCAGCCGGCCGUCCAGCAGUACCGGCCCAUCGAGUGCAACUGGCGCACGAGUGACGUCCGGUGCGGUUAGACAGGCCAGUGGUGACCGAUGA